AUGUUGAGGUGUGUACUAGUGGGUGUUGCUUAUCUGACUAUUAAAGUGUUCGAGCCCACUGCCAUACAGCCCGUGGACCUCAAAGACGCCCAAGAGGCGAUGGAACGGAACAUUGCGCGCACAUCCAGAUCUUCUGCCGUCUCUGGCUCAAACUUCCCCUUCAUCACGUACCCCGACGGAUCAGACGGUGCGAUUAUCCGCAUAGGCAACAUCGCCGUGAUGCUCAGCAAUGCUUCUUCUCUGGCAGCGCUCUUUACCACACGUAGACUUCAGAAUGCGUUACGAGGCACCGACGGCUCAGACGACAGUGACGAGGAAGAGGACGAAGGAGAACCACAUGACACACCCAUGAACGAAGACAACAACAGCGACGCUGAUUCAGACCUACACCCAACCGCAGUGGCUGGUUCGGAUAGUGAUGAGCAUAGCAACGACCAUAGCAACAGUGAUGGCGAUGACAGUGGCGACGUCUGUGGGGAGCCCAAUCCUGCUGCGCCUGUGCCUGCAGACGGCAUGGAUAGAGACUCUCGGGGUAUGAGUCAUGGGCAGGACGAGUCGGAGGACGAGGGGGAUGAGCAAGAUCUAGAUCCUGGGGAGGGGAGUACUCGUGGUAUGUCGAUGAGCAGCUCUGCCAUGCGGGCGCUCUCGAACGUAGGCGAGAGACCCGGCAAACCCACCACUCGCACACGCGUCGGCGCCGGCGCUAUGUGGAGUGGCCGCGUGCAGGCCUCCCGCGAGCGUCAGCGUGAGAGAGAGCGCGAACGCCAACGCCACAGAGGCGCAUCAGGCGAACGCCGCGUGAGCGCGCAGACGCGCGCGCCGGUGUAUUCCAGUACGUCGCCUCCGUACCGGCGUCCGCGCGCUACGACAGCGGAGGCACAUGCACAAAAUGCCACAGAUGUCGCGCGGACGCGGACGGACGCGGACGAUAUGGAUGUGGAUGCAGAAGAGGUCGAACACGACGACAAGCCGUAAGAGCGAAUGGAGACAUUAGAUUAGUUAACGUAUUCUGUUCAGUGAUAUACAUACCUAAGCUAGUGUAACUGACUGAAGUGUUGUGUUUCCCGUUGACACUUUUCUUGAAACGAAUCUCCCUGAACGUGUGCACAAGGAUGAGCGAAGGGUGUACACCAUGGUGAGUGGGCGUGUAUCCAUGGUUGGUGCGGACGUUUAUUCGUUUUGUACCUUCUGAACUCUGUGCAGUCACGGUGUGCAGAGGAUUUUCUAUUGUAUGUGUUAGCGUCGUCCGAUUGAUUGGAGUGGGGCAUUUUCGUGGACAGACAUACACCCGGACUACAAUGGUGAGAGUACAGCACAUUGUGCCACGGUGUAUCGGUGCUGUAUGGAGACUCGGUUUACAUGGGUGUCUUACUUCUGAAUCCCAAUAUCUAUCGAAUAGUACAAUGAUCCGGUCCGAUAAGGACAGUGCUCUAAUCCAUACCGUCUGUACGUUGUGUCUGUGGUCUGUUGAAAAUUGGAAUAGCCCGACGAAUCGCGACAGGGAGAGCCCGUGCAACCGACUGACAGAAACCAUUCUACAAUGUGUUUUUGGGAUUGGGAUUGUGAUCUACACCCGAUUUUCAUAGUCAUAUCACAGAUGUUCAUAUAUUGCCUUCAAGCCGGUAACAUCUUUACAACAGCCAAUGUAUGUGGUGGUGUAGAAGGUCAAACUGGCUUUGGCCUGUACGACUGACACAGCGAAUACGAGCACAGCCUUAGGGUUUCACUACUUGGUAUACUUCCAGUAAAGAAAAUAUGUUAUAAAUACCCAGAUAAGAUACCGAUAUAAAGAAAUGUAUCCAAACAGAUCAA